AUGUUUGUUUACACGACAAUUGCUUACCAUGUCUUCAGGCAUGUCAUACCUGGCAAUCCUGACUGUCAUCGCGAUGAACACCAAAUCAACAAAAAAAUUAAGGUAAUAAAGAUGUUGAUGACAAUUGUGUUGUUGUUUGCCAUUUGUUGGCUUCCCAUACAUGUGUUUAGUCUAUUGGUUUGGUUUUAUCCAAAAUUUUUGAAAGUGAAGACACGAUUUGGUUAUGUAUUGUACGUAAUCUCAUAUUUUUCGUGUCAUUUCAUAUCAAUGGCUCACUCGACUGUUAAUCCAAUCUGUUAUUGCUUUAUGAGUGAAAACUUCAGAAUGAAUUUGAGAGCACUAUUGAGUCGGUGUUACCUUAAGUUAAAAGUUUGUCGAUCUAUCGAUGAGGGCGUAUAUACUGAAACACAGGGACAGACACUUAGCUCAGGUAAUAACACCAGAAUAUAUCGAAUCAAUAAAUUCAAUCAACACUAUAAAGACAACUGUAUUGAACAACACAUCGAAACGGAAAUUUAG